AGGCGCGGUGAGGGCGGGGCUGGACCCAGUCAGGAGGAGGCGGCGGCGGCGCGCGAGCGGCGGCGGUUGGUGCGCGCGCCAAGAUGAGUGAAUCUCUGGUGGUUUGUGAUGUUGCCGAAGACCUGGUGGAGAAACUGAGAAAAUUCCGAUUUCGCAAAGAGACCAACAAUGCUGCCAUUAUAAUGAAAAUCGACAAGGAUAAGCAGUUGGUGGUGCUGGAUGAGGAGCAUGAGGGUAUUUCUCCUGAUGAGCUAAAGGAUGAGCUGCCUGAGAGACAACCUCGAUUUAUUGUGUAUAGUUACAAGUACCAGCAUGAAGAUGGAAGAGUUUCUUAUCCAUUGUGCUUUAUCUUCUCCAGUCCAGUUGGAUGUAAGCCUGAGCAGCAGAUGAUGUAUGCUGGAAGCAAGAAUAAGCUUGUACAGACAGCUGAACUCACUAAGGUAUUCGAAAUCAGAAAUACAGAAGACUUAACUGAAGAAUGGCUGCGUGAGAAGCUGGGCUUUUUCCACUAAGGAAAACCUCUGUUCUAAGUAUUUAUGUACCAUCCUGGUGAUACUGGAACCAGACAUGAAUACUUACAUCCAAGCAAUGCACUGUAUUCACAGCUGUCUCCUGCAGUAUCUCUCUUGUGCAGAGUUUGUGCAAAGAAUAGCAGGUCUGUCUCCUUGAAGUAACAAAUCUUUGCAGGUGUUUCCUUAUUUGUACCUGCUAAAAGGGAAUACUCCUCUGCAGGGACUCCUUUUGCACUCCUGUGACUAAUAUUUCUGUAACUAAAAUAGUUCAGUUCUGGAUUUAUAACUGUGUACAAACAUCAUUUGGAAGCUGACGCUAACUUUUUCUGAGCUACAAAUGCAUCCUUAUGACACACAUUAGCCAUUUAUAUGCAGAAUUUAUGUACUGUCACUUACCAGAUUUUUUGACUUAAUGUCUUCUCAGUUUUGAAGCAUUUGUUGGAAGCUCCCUGGAAGCAUUUUUUGGUAUUAAAAAGUCAAAAUCCUUGUACUGCAAAUCCAUCCAUUUAUCUUUCCAUCGAGUCCAUGUGGAACUUCAGUCCAUGUCUCAAAUUCUUGGAACUAAUUUUUGUCAUUCCAGUAAUUCUUCAGUUGCCUAAGUGAAUCUUUCUAAAUUUCAGGGCAAAGCUUUGACUGUCCAGUCAGUUCUCAUGCUAAUACAGUCUCACAGGAACUAGCUGAUAACUAAGGGCUGAACUACAACUCUGGUUCCUCUUGUACCAGAUUUCUUCUUGCAUCUCUGUUCUGACACUGUUGAGAAGUUUACCUCUGCUCAUUUCCUGUUAUCUGAACACCUGGUGAUACUGUGUGCCUUUCAUUUGUUAGCUUUAAAAAGACUUGAGAAUUUUACACUGCCACUUCUUACAAAUUUGGUAAAAACUUUGUUAAACAAUCCAAGUAAUAUUUGCUCCUAGUGCCUCGUGCUGCAGUUGACAUCUGUUAAAACAAAAAGCCAACCUUAUUUUCUUUGAAAUUCCAAUCAUCUGCUCCAUUUGUAGGAGUCAGGAGGUUAAAGCUUUUCAUGAUAAUGAACGAUUUAUAUCUCUUUUGUUAUAAAAGUUGGCCACACGUAGCUUUUGAGUACUUUAAUUACAACCUCUAACUUUCUUAAUGGCAUUUUGGUCAAAAUUACAUUCCAGAUGAAGCUUUUGCAUAAGUGAUCAUUUGAUUUUCAUCUACUAAACGGUUCAUCUCUUUGAAACAGCAAAUCUAAUGUGAAAAUAGUAUUUAACUUUUAUAAAUGACCGGUCUUUUUACAGGUCUGUUUUAUAUUGAAUAGAGUAGUUGUCUGAUGUGGGACACGUUCAGCACGUGCUGUGGAAGGAGGAGCACUCACGGGACACUCUCCCUAUCUUGCUUGUGAGUGUUUGUUGUGCUACUGAACAAGUGUCUGCGUAAGAGCAGCUUCCUGUUGAUAACAUACCUUAAAAUACAGCUGCCCCAACCAAUCUGCUCGCUGGGAAGGAAUGCAGUGUUAAAUUUGGAGGCCAGUAUUUCAUACUGUGAAACCUUUGCUGAAAGUGGGGUUAUUUUUCAUUUGUCAACAUAGGUUGUGUUAGUGUUAAAACACUAAUUCCUGCAAGAUCACAAGGAAUUAAUUUGCAAAGGUCUUCAGUGUUGGUAAAUCUCUUCCUAGUUUGAUGUUAUUGCUCAUUUAUUUAUAUAUAACUCUGACUUGAGAGGAGCUUUUCCAAAUAUGUGUUGGAAUGAUCCAAUUAAAUUGAUCUUCUGGUGCGGGAAAGAAGUGCUUGUAACUAAAUUUCUGUGUUAAUGUACUGAACUGGAAAAACAAUUUCAUUUCCCUGGAUGAAAAAAUGUUGAUUAUGAAACUGUUGCUUGAUCAUUCUGUACUGCAGAUCAAUAAAAAACAUGUCUUUUGUGACAAACAUUGUAUAAAUAAGACUUUGGCUUAAAGGAUAGUGUUAUUCCAAGCAUCAGUCUGGAAACAGCAAGAAUCUCUUUUGAGGUUUUUUUUUGGGGUUGUACUAAAGGUGAGGCAUGUCAAAGUACAGUGUGGGCGAGAGGGAGGCUGCUGCUUGGAAUGUUCAGCUUGAUUUGCAGUGGGGAAAAACUGGAUUAAUCAUAUCUGUUGUACUUUGUACACUGGUGGGCUGCCAGCAGCCAACUGCUGCCUGCACAGGUCUGCACAAAAAUAACUGUACAAGGGGCCUGUAUCAGGAGGGAAGGGAGGAGCUGCUGCAUGAAAUGAUGAAAUAUGACCUUUCAUCUCUGGAUUGCUCCCCCUUCUGCCAAGAAAACAUUACUCCUUACAGCUGAAUCUUCAGCUGAGUUCUUCCACUUCACACGUUCUUGUGCCUCACUUAAGCACUUUCUGCCUUGGGUGCUGCCCCUCCAGCCUUGCAGGGAGCAAACAGAUCCUCCUGAGAGUGUUAAAGCCCAGUUUCUCCUGAAAGGUGCUGUUGAUGCUGCUCAGCCCACCAGUAUUACUGCUCUGCCAGCCCUGCCUGGCAGCUGUUCCUCCCUCCUGGCUGAGCUGUGGAAGCAGCUGCAGGUUCUGGGAGGAUGAGUGUGCAGAGGGUGUUUGCUGUUCCAGCCUUGUUUGUGUUCUCUUUGGUCUUAAUGCAGUGUUUUGACACAACUGGCUGCUGCUAAUUGUCCUGGGCUCUUGAGAUGCAGGUAGUGCUAACACUUGAUUAAACAAAGCCAUCAUUAUGUCCAAGUCUUUCCUGCACAAAUAAUCCCUGUUUUCAUAACAUCCUUUCCCCACCUUAUCUGUAGAACUGUGUGUUCUGUGCUGCUGCCCCCUUAGGCUCAGUGGGAGGCAGAUGAGUCCAUGUUCAGGCCAGUAUGUUCCUGCUGGGCUUUGCUGGUGAGUUGCCCAUCUGUAAUCACACAUGUCUCUUGCAGACCUUUAAAGAGACAUCUAAAGGACAACAUAAAUUAGCCUAGGGGAGCCUUUGUAGCUAAAGGUCUGAGAGUCAGCAUUUUCCAUUGGGAGCUCCUGUUUUUCAGGAGUUAGUAAGUUGGCCAUAAAAUCCUUGGUCUAGAGUUAAAGGUCUCUCCAAAGGAGACUUCUGCCACAAUUAAUCAGUUAAUCAGUUUUUGCUUUAAAUAUUGACUAGAUGGCUGCGAUACAGCUCUUGUAAUCAUAUUCACUGAUGGCAAGCUGAAUUAAAGUAUGAGUUUGCAUGUCAGCCCAUGAAAUAGACUUUUAGUGUUUUGAAGAUUUUUAACAAAAAAAUGUAAAUGCUGGUAUUUGAUGGUUUAAGUGUAUUUCUAUUCUAUCAUGAGUACUGUUCUGAUCUAUUAAAGGAGGCAAUAAUGCAGGUGUUAGACACCUUUUUUCACUUCUCCAAAGGAGCAUCUUUGCAUUUGUACCAGGAUUCCACUUUUGUAUCUUUAACUGUAAAAUAGCUGGUCCAGAAAUGAUGUUAAACUGAUGACAGAGAUCUGACUCAAACAGGCAGAAGCAAGAGAAUUCAAUUCCUUACUUCAGUGCAUUCCAAAAAUAAACAUCAUGAACAUUUUUUGUAUACAUACAUGUAGUGACUGUGAAGUGGAGCCGUGGUGGGACAUGAAAAGGGACUCAGUGAAGCUCUUGUGUUUAUUCUAUAGUCCAGACUUGUCUUAAAAGGUGUGAGAGGUUCAUGGCCAGAUUUGAGAAUUUGGCAGUUCCAUGAAAAUACCAGUACAACUUCCAUACGCUGUUUAGUGUCUGCUACUUCACAUUGCAUGUUUACUUUAAACCAAAUCUUUUUUUUGCUGAGCAUGGUGCUUGUAUUGGUUUAAAUAAAAUGUUUCAUUAAGA